AUGGCGAACCCGGCCGCGGGACCGAGAACCGGGAAGCCAGCCGGCUCGGGGUUCGCAGCCGCCGCGCGGCCGCUCCAGCCGUGGGGGGGAGGGCGUUCCGGGCAGCUCCUCACAAAGGCGCUUCCUCCCACAGCGCGGGACGCGGCGCCGCAAACUCCGCUCCCCGCCGCCUCCCUGCGAGCGGCCGGGCGCGCGCACAGCCGCGCCGCCACCGGCACAGCCUCGGAGGAAGUUCCGCGCCGCCGGGCCCCCGGGCCCCCGCGCCCCCUUCCCCUCGCCAGCGCCGCACUCACCGGACGACGGCUGGGGGCCGGAACGCCAGCUCGGCCCGCCGCGAGGAGCCGGAGCGCCGACACCAGGGGCGCGGGGGCGGCGCGAGCACCGGUUGAACGCAGGCACCCGCUGAGCCCGCCGCCUUCCCGCCAGCCGCCGAGCCCCGAGAGGCCGAGUGGAACGCCGAGCCGAGCCGAGCGCCGAGGAGCGCGGACCGGAGAGAGGCGCGGGCCCGCUUUGUGGCCGGAGGAGCGACUCAGGCAGGUUGAGCUUCCUAUGUGUGAACCCUGGCUCCCCGGCUUCUACGCUCCAGUGUUCUGGAACUCCAGCCUCCAGGGAGUCGCCAGGCAGUUUCGAUUCACUUCCUGCCUUACUCAUCUGCCUCUAACUAGUGCUGCCUCCACCGUCACCGCUGCUUUCCUUCAGGUCGAAUAAGCACCGUAAGAUACUUAUGGUUUGCUUCUGUCGGAGUGGAAAUACCUAAGCAGAAGCUUCGGAUCUAUAGUCAUACCACCUAUAGCCCCGGCUGAGAUGCGGCCAGGAUGCCUGAGAAAGUCCACUAGAUUUCCCUCCUACGGUUCACUGGAAACCUCAGCAGCACACAAAACCAUAGCCUGGGUUUCACGCUCUUACUGGACAGCUUCCUUGUACUCACCGUGUUUUGGUUUUGUUUUCUAUAUGUGAGAAUUUCAAAGACUAUGUGGAGACCGUGAAAAAAGUUAACAAUAAAGAGAUGGGGCCAAGCUGGGCGGUGGUGGUGCACGCCUUUAA